AUGGUCAAGACAUCUGCAGAUGAGCAUCUGCAAGAACUUGCUUGCAUUUCAAUUGAUCCAAUCAUUGAACUGAACAUCAACAGUGAUGAUGAGAAUGAAGAUGUUGAUUCUUCAUAUAUCAUUGACACAGAAUUUGUCUCUGAAACUCUAGAUCUUUCAUUCUCAUCAUUUGAUUCACAUUUCAGAGCUUCUCUGAUUGCUGAAUUGAUAUUAACAGCAGAAGAUCAUUCAUUUCCAGAAAUUGAUCAGUUUAUUACUGAUGUUCAAAAGAUAAUCAGCAUCACUGCACAAAACAAUUCUGCACAUUCUGAAAAAAUUACAGGUAUAGAUUCUGGAAUGACACCUAAUCAAGAUUUUUUGAGUCUCCAGAUACAACUUAAUAGUGUGGGCAUGGUUGUGCCCAAUUACACCAUCUCUUGUGCAAUUUUAGGUCUGGACCCCAAUAUGUCUCUAGUUGCUGAUGUCACUCUGGAACUCUGGCAGGUGACUGGAAUCAUCUGGAUGUUGGAACAGAAGUCAUCUCAAAUUGAGGAUGACAUUCUUGAAAAUGAAUCUGACAUGAAUAAAACAAUUGAAUCUCUAGAUCUAAUAUCACUCACCACCAAACUGUUCUCUGACCCAUACAAACCAAUCCUGAUCAUGGCUCCUUCCCAGCCUAUUGAUACUUGGAUGAAUGAGCUGAAAAAAUAUUUCAAUGGUGAUCUAUAUCUCAUCUUGCACUAUGAUAUCAAUGGUCUCAGUGGCACUUCUGAUUCUUACUGA